AAACAGGCCAAAAAAAAAGAGAGAGAAGAAGAAGAAGAGGCUCGCCCUCCGUUAGCUAGCUAGCUACUGCUGGGAAGUAGCGAUAAAAUCUUCAGGAUAUUCUCAUAAUGAGUUAUGCAGAGAAGCCGGAGGACAUAACAAGGGAAGAGUGGAUGGAUAAACUCAACAAUGUCCACAUUCAGAGAGCUGAUAUGAACAGGCUCAUUAUGAAUUAUCUGGUGACAGAGGGUUUCAAGGAGGCAGCAGAGAAAUUCAGGAUGGAGUCUGGAAUAGAGCCGAGCGUGGACUUGGAUUCCCUAGAUGAAAGAAUUAAGAUCAGAGAGAUGAUCUUGAAGGGACAGAUCCAGGAUGCUAUUGCGCUUAUCAACAGUCUGCACCCAGAACUGCUGGAUACAAAUCGUUACCUCUACUUUCACCUGCAGCAGCAGCAUCUUAUUGAGUUGAUUCGUUUGAGGGAGACUGAAGCCGCCCUUGAAUUUGCCCAGUCCCAGUUAGCAGAGCAGGGGGAGGAGAGUCGUGAAUGUCUGACUGAGAUGGAGAGGACGCUGGCACUGCUGGCAUUUGACAACCCAGAAGACUCACCUUUUGGAGAUUUGCUCAAUAUGAUGCAGAGGCAAAAGGUGUGGAGUGAAGUGAAUCAGUGUGUGCUAGACUAUGAAAACAGAGAGUCAACACCCAAGCUGGCCAAGCUCCUGAAACUACUGCUGUGGGCUCAAAAUGAACUUGACCAAAAGAAAGUGAAGUAUCCCAAAAUGACUGACCUCAGCAAGGGAACCAUUGAAGACCCUAAAUAAGGACCCAGAGUGAAAAAAGUAUCACAGCAUUACAAAAUGGACAUGUUUCGUUUAUACCCUAUUUAUACCCCCAACAAACUGACUCAUAUAGAGUACAACCUUUUCUUUUUUUUUGUAAGGGUUGCUUUUUGAUACUUUAUUAACUCGGUAUGUGCAGAACACUCAGUUGAUUGCAUUUUAAAAUGACCUCUCAAAGUAAAUUAACAAGCCAGAUCAUUAUUUCAGUCGGUAUUUUAAUUGACAUAUUUGUUUGUGUAAAAUGAGUAUGUUUCAGUUACACUAGUUUUUCUGUCUGCUGGCAGGGAAAGUUGUUGGCAUAGGAGGGUGUGAAUAAAGCCUAAAUUAGGCUGUUUUCUGUGUGUGACCACUUUGAGGGAGCAAAGUUUGAUGUUCAGGGAAAAUGGUUGGCUCAUAGUGCACUGCUUCAAAUAAACAUGUUUCUUCCUCACAAAAACAUACACAUUUCAGCUAGUACUCUUAUGUGGCGGCAAUAGCCAAAACAAGAUAUUUGGGGUAUUUCAAGCUACUGUGACUUUGAAAGUUAAUUUCAACUUUAGAUUCAUACUGCAUUGUUGCUUGGGAUGUUACCAAAACCUGCUGACAAAGACUAGAGCAAAGGAAAGAAUGUAUGUUAUUGUAGCAAUUUGGUUGGAAAGGUGCGAUUACUGGAAUGCUAUAAACUUUGCAGCGUACUGUGACUGUGCAAGCUCAAAGAUAGCCUCGGUUUCAUAGUAUUUUACAAUGUUGCAGAUGAUGUGUAAAGAUGUGAAUGGAUAACUCUUAUGUCCGCAGAAAUGGUGACUCUUUUACAGAUGGGUUAUUUACAUUUAUGAAACAAGUAGCCCUUUUGCAAAAUUAGAUGUGCUUUUUUUUUUUUUUUUUUGCUGGUAUGUUAUUUUGCAAUAAAAGUGAAUUUUAAAACUG